ACACAGAAUGUGUCGAAACGAGCUACCGUCUGAAGUGAGACCUCCUGUUCUCUGAGGAUCUCUGCAUCGUCACGUCUCUUCACUUUCAACAUGAUGUCGAUCAGGAAAGUUUCACUGAGAUCAGCUGCGACUCUGGUUUCACCUGCUGCUGCUCAGCUUCGUGUGCGUCUCUCCACUGGUCCCCAGCAGCAACACAAAACUUUUUACGAGUUCCGCACCUAUUGCAUCCGUCCAGAGCAGAACGCCGCCUUCCUUAAACUAACCAAUGAGAAGGUCCACCUGCGCACCGCCCACUCCGAGCUGAUUGGCUACUGGAGUGUUGAGUAUGGGGGCUUGAACCAGGUUUUCCAUAUAUGGAAGUAUGACAGCUACGCUCAGCGGGCGGGGGUUCGGGCGGCGCUCGCUCAGGACCCCUCAUGGAUCUCAGAGUACAUCUCCAAAGCGAUACCAAUGUUGACGUCUCAGGACAACGAGGUCACCUACCUGGUUCCCUGGAGCCACCUGCAGAGGCCGCCACAGGAGGGGGGUGUGUACGAGCUGGUGUCUUACCACAUGCGUCCUGGUGGUCCAGCGGUUUGGGCCGAUGCCUUCCAGGCUGCUGUAACCUCCCAUGAUGCACCAGGGUACGGCAAGUUGCUGGGAGCUUUCCACAGCGAAUUUGGAAAACUGAACAGAGUUCACACUCUUCAGUGGUUUGAGAGCGCUGACCACCGAGCUGAGGUUCGACACCGAGCUCACACUGACUCCAGAUUAGUUGCUGCAGUCAGAGACAGUGUCGUCCAUCUCGACUCUCAGAAGAACAAACUCAUGUUCCCGUGUCCCUUUUCUCCGAUGAAGUAAAUUCCUGUCUCCAUGACAGUGUCCAAUCCUGUGUUGUGAGAGUUGGAGGGGGCGGAGCUUGUCUUUGUUUUACAGCUGCAGACAAAUGGAUAAAGUUUAUGUCUGUGUUGUCAUGACGUUCAUGAAAAAUACGAUAGAA